AGAAGCGCCGACACCCUUCUAGUACAAAACUAAAACUCAGUUUACGGGUAAUAAAGGCCACGUGGCGUUAUUUCUCACCGGCAAAAAUCUCGGCGACAUGCAUGCUAAAAACAACGAACACCAAAAGAAACAACAUUGACGAAACAACCAAAAAUAUAGAGGGAAGAAGAAGAAGACAACAAACUAACAAUAACUAAAAAAAACAUAGAGGAGAAAAAAAGGAGACGACGAGGAAACAAGAACAAAAAAAAAAACAAAACACCCCUCUCGUUCUUCCCUUUUCUCUCUUCACAUAUUUGUCUUUAUCAUUAGUUUUCUAACUUUUUUCUAACAUACAUUGUAAUAAAUCACAAAAAUGGGCUCGAGUAAGCUCAAACGAGCCAUAGGCGCCGUGAAGGACCAAACCAGCGUCGGUCUAGCCAAAGUCAACGGUCGUAGCGCUUCUUUAUCAGAGCUUGACGUAGCCAUCGUCAAAGCGACUCGUCACGAAGAGUAUCCAGCGGAAGAGAAAUACAUAAGAGAGAUUCUCAGCCUAACUUCUUACUCACGCAACUACAUCAACGCAUGCGUCAACACGCUUUCAAAACGCCUUAACAAAACCAAAUGCUGGACCGUCGCUCUCAAAACCUUGAUCCUGAUCCAACGUCUCUUAGCGGAAGGAGACAAAGCCUACGAGCAAGAGAUCUUCUUCGCUACUCGCCGUGGGACAAGACUUCUCAACAUGUCUGACUUUAGGGAUGUUUCUAGGUCUAACUCUUGGGAUUGCUCUGCUUUUGUAAGGACUUACGCGUUGUACCUAGACGAAAGGCUUGAUUACAGGAUGCAAACGAGACAUGGGAAGCGAGGAGUGUACUGCGUUGGAGGAGAUGCCGUGGAAGACAAGAAAGACAACUCCGAGGCUGAUCUCUCUACGGCUAUAGUGGUUAGGUCACAGCCCAUCGCCGAGAUGAAAACAGAGCAGAUUUUCACCAGAAUACAACAUUUGCAGCAACUUCUCGACCGUUUCUUGGCUUGUCGUCCAACAGAGAGCGCGAGGAACAACAGAGUUGUGAUUGUGGCCCUGUAUCCGAUAGCGAAGGAGAGUUUCAAGAUAUAUUACGAUGUAACUGAGAUAAUGGGCGUUUUGAUCGAACGGUUCAUGGAGUUGGACAUUCCCGAUUCGAUCAAGGUCUAUGACAUUUUCUGUCGUGUCUCAAAACAGUUUGAAGAGCUAGAUCAGUUCUAUUCUUGGUGUAAGAACAUGGGGAUCGCUAGGUCUUCAGAGUAUCCAGAGAUAGAGAAGAUCACACAGACGAAGCUUGAUCUCAUGGAUGAGUUUAUAAGAGACAAGUCCUCUUUAGAAGAGACGAAGCAAUCAAACUCUGUUGAAGCCGAUGAAGAUGAUGAUGAUGAGAGAACAGAGGAAGUGAAUGAGGAGCAAGAAGAUAUGAAUGCGAUCAAGGCCUUACCUGCACCUCCACCAAAAGAAGAGAAGCGUGAGGAAGAAGCAAAGGAAGAAGAAGUGGUAACAGAGGAAAAGAAAGAAGAAGAAGAAGUUGGUGAUUUACUGGAUCUUGGGGAUAAUGUAGUAGCUGGGGGAGCUGGAGGAGAUAGCUUAGCAUUGGCUUUAUUCGACGGCCCUUACACCAGCGGUUCCGGUUCGGCGUCGGGUCCUGGAUGGGAAGCGUUUGACGAUGAUUCAGCGGACUGGGAGACAGCUUUGGUGCAAUCUGCUACAAACUUAUCGGGACAAAAGACGGAGCUCGGAGGAGGCUUUGAUAUGCUGCUGCUUAACGGAAUGUAUCAGCACGGUACUGUGAACGCCGCAGUGCAAGCCUCAACGGCUUAUGGAGCCGGUGGAAGCGCAAGCAGUGUGGCAUUUGGUUCUGCAGGAAGACCAGCAGCCACGAUGUUGGCACUUCCGGCACCAGCAACGGCUAAUGGAAGCAGCAAUGGUCCGGUACCGAUGGAUCCAUUUGCAGCGUCAUUGGUGGUUGCGCCGCCACAUUAUGUGCAGAUGAAUGAUAUGAAGAAGAAACAGAGAAUGUUGAUGGAAGAACAGAUGAUGUGGGACCAAUACUCAAGAGGAGGUAGGCAAGGACACACAAAUUUAAGGCCAAACCAAAACCAACCUAGUUACCCUUACACACCUCAAUACUGAUUCUACAACAACAAGGAAGCAGUUCUUCUUGAGUUGUGUCAGCUUUUUAUAGAGUUACUAAUGGCUUCAUUUUUUUUGCAAAUUCAAACAUCUCUUCUUGCACUUUGGUGAAAUUCAUUGGGGCAUAUGUGAGGUUUGGUUCUGUAAUUGUAAUCUCUGACUUAACUUUAUAAAGAUAAACUUAAAUGCUGUAUGUUUUGAUAUCAGAAUCUUAGCUAAUAUCCUUUGUACAA